CGAAUCUUCAAUAUCCCGAAGCAAGGCGCCUUUCAACAGGAUUACAGUAACAUUGGCCAGGAUCAGACAAUUCUCCUUGUCUGUGGUGUAAUAACUGGUUCUCCAUGCGAAACCUCUUUUCUUCCCUCAACACCAUCUUCAAGUUCCCUACCAUCAUCACCACCACCACCACCACCACCACCACCACCGCCGCCGCCAUCGCGAGGUUCUCACAUCAUCAUCAUCACCGGUAUCGAACCAUGACCACCACCGCCGCCAGAAUGGACUUUGAAACCACCCUCAAGGGCAAAUACCCGGCCAAGCGACAUGCUCAACGCGUGGCCGACUACAUCCGCAACAAGAUGCCCGGCGCUUCCGGCGUCCUCUACCUCGAAGGCCGCGCCACCAAGCUGCUCGAGGACAACGAUGAGGCCGAGCCCUUCCGCCAGCGCCGCUACUUCUACUACCUGACCGGUUGCCCGCUCGCCGACUGCCACUACAUGUACGACCUGGAUGCCGACAAGUCCACGCUCUUCAUCCCGCCCAUCGACCCCGACUCGGUCAUCUGGUCCGGCCUGCCGGUUUCUGUCGAUGAGGCCAAGCAGCGCUGGGACGUUGACGACGUCAAGUACACCAGCGAUGUCAACGCCACUCUCGCCCACGUCGGCAGCAGCAAGCCCAAGGGCUCUUCCGUCUUCGCCCUCGCGAACCAGGUCUCGGACAAGGUCACCUUCCUCGAAUUCGACAACAAGAACUUCUCCAUCCUCAAGGAAGCCAUCGAAGUCACGCGCGUUGUCAAGGACGAGUACGAGCUGGCCAUCAUGGCCAAGGCCAACGAGAUCAGCUCUGACGGACACAAGAUGGUCAUGCAAAAGGUCAAGCACGUCCAGAAUGAGCGCGAGUUGGAGGCUGUUUUCCUGGGGCACUGCAUCGCCAAGGGCGCCCGCAACCAGGCCUACCACAGUAUCGUGGCCAGCGGUCGCGCGGCUGCCACGCUGCAUUACGUCCCCAACAACGCCGACAUGGCUGGCAAGCUCAAUCUUCUGCUGGAUGCGGGAGGCGAGUGGGACUGCUAUGCCUCGGACAUUACCCGCACUUUCCCCAUUAAUGGCAAGUUCACCAAGGAGAGCAGGGAGAUUUACGAUAUUGUGCUCAAGAUGCAAAACGAGUGCAUCGCUGCGCUGAAGGAGGGUGUGCUCUGGGAUGACGUUCACCUCCUUGCGCACAAGAUUGCCAUCGACGGCCUUCUCCAGAUCGGCAUUCUCCAGGGCGACAAGGAUGAGAUUCUCGAGAGCAGGACGAGCGUUGCUUUCUUCCCUCACGGUCUGGGUCACUACCUGGGCAUGGACACCCACGAUACCGGCGGCAACCCCAACUAUGCCGACAAGGACACCAUGUUCCGCUACCUCCGCGUCCGCGGUCGUCUCCCAGCUGGCAGCGUGAUCACCGUGGAGCCCGGUAUCUAUUUCUGCAACUUUAUCAUUGAGCCGUUCUUGAAGGACCCAAAGCACAGCAAGUACAUCAAUGCUGAUGUGCUGGAGAAGUACUGGGAUGUUGGUGGUGUGAGAAUCGAGGACAACCUGGUCAUCACCAAGGACGGCACGUACAACCUCACGACAGCACCCAAGGACCCCGAGGAGAUGGAGAAGAUCAUUCAGCAGAGCUGAGACAAGGCUGGACAUGGAGAAUACGUGCUAUUUACAACCUAUCAUAUACCCAAUACAUGCGCCGUUCGACUGUUCACCGGUCUCCAUUGUCGACGGGCUGAACAAGUACGAUGUAGAUCCAGGGUGUUGAUCACGGAGCCUGCGCCGCCACCAGGAUGACCUUGCGAGCUUGCCAUCGCCUAGCUGCACCGGCAGAUGAAGAUCGAGGUCUUCCUUGUUCAUUUGCCGAAGCUGACUGUAGAUCUGGGGACUAUCGGUCUCGCAACCGAAACCUGCUUGUAACUGCAGUUGCCCUUCUCCACCACGUCUUCUGUAGUAUUCCCCCGCUCAACACCGCUUCCCGAUGCAACGCGAUAGGGACGACCUAAAGGGCUCAGGCUCAGGGGCGGAAUGGGUACGGAAUAUGGGCGCGCUCGUAUGGAAGCGGUGUUGGGUCGCUGCCGUACUACUGUCUGCCUGACCGCAACUGAAGUCAAAAUGGGCUGACACUGAUAUGCGGAAACAAGGUUCCGUGAUAUUGGCGCAUGUUCAUCUUCGCCCAUGUCAAGGAUGGCAUGACAGCCGAGUUUGCGAUAGUAUCGACGGGAAUGCGCAUUUCUUCGCCUCCUCAACACACAAGAGACGCAAAGGAAAGUAGUGUGCACCCGUUUUUCACUAGAAUGGAACGGUAAUCAAUUCGCGGCACUCAUUGGCUCCUAAACGCUUGCUGAUAGUUGGUCCGGUGGAAGUGCCGGUCGGUUUAGGCCAAUCGUCAUGAUGCGUUCACGAGCAGUCCGUCAUGAAGAUCUUCGACGUGAAAGCUUCGGUGCAUGAUGCUCCCCGAGGUACAACACACAGGAGUACAUACAUACAGCAGCAGGAACGGCGUCCCCAAGCCAACCGCUGCAAGCGAGCUGCGAACUUGGCACCUAUGGUAGAGGUACCUAAUCAACCACCUCGUGCUUUGCACGCGAAGUUCCAUCACGACGGAACCGACAUGAUCCUUUUGUCGGGAUUGACCCACUUGCCAACGGAUCCUUGGUGUAUCAUUGGCAACUCUUGUUUUCCAAACCCAGGGUGCGGUUCGAGUCCCUCUCAAUCACAGCUCCAGUGACACGUCAUGCCGUCUAUCGUGGUCCCCUGGAUGGUAUCAACAUGUGUGGACAUACUGCGGCCGUAUUGCGCUUGUGGGGGAUCGAUGAUCUCGCCUGCCUCGCGUUCGCGCCGUCGUCUCAAGGUGGCAGCCUUUUUCAUCGACCGCCUUUUUGACGACUUGGUGCUUACACCCAUCAAUUACCCAAUGUCUGUUGCUUCCGAAGGCGUGUUUCCUCGUCGGAGCUGACGCCGGUCCAGUCUUUUGCAACACCCAAAAAGGUCCCAAAAUUCAUGUUGGAUUUGUCUGGAUCUUGGCCCAAUCCCUGACUACCCACGAGUGACCAGUUCGCAGCCGUUCGGUUAAAGUAUCCAGGGUCUCCAUGACUCUUCGAAAUGUUUGGAUAGAGGCUUGCGAGAUCCCUGUGGACCUGUCUUAGUACCUAGACUAUGUCCUGUGGUACACAAGUCUACAACGGGUCGGGUCGGUUCGGGUAGGGUACCUCCUCCCUCCCUAGGGGCAGAUGGCCAAGUGGAGGAAAGGAUGGAAAGGCUGCCGACCGCAGAAACCAAGUGGCCGAGGUAUCCAGGCUCUACACCACACCACACUAUCUUUUGUGGUGGCCGGAGUCGUCGCCGGUGACACCCACCAAAAAGGGAAACUGGCCCAAGCAACCUAAUCUAACCAAUGCGAGUUUAUGUUGGCAAACGUGGGGAAUGACAAGAAAAAAUGGGUCGUUCAUUGUCAAGUGCCCACUACGCAUAUCUCCACCCCUACACCUUUGGACCAUGCGUCUUGUUCGGUUCGGGUGGUCAAGAAGGGUCAUGAAAAUCGCCCAAGUCGGGGGGUAUGGUUCGGCAUACAACCAGACCCCCAAGAGAACCUUCUCCCUCAUGCUGACCAUGGACGGCGGCUGGCAGAUACGCUCGGCACGCCUCCUGAAAAGGACUCAAAAGUGAUAAUGAUGAACAAGAGAUUACCUACUCUCCGAGAAUGGAACCCCCCUUCAUGGACCUUUCGGGCGAUGGCGUUAAACUCGAAUAGUGUAUAAGUCGGACGUCAAAC